GUAGUGUCUAGAAAUUAGAAUCCAACGUGGCCGGGCAGCAGCGAGGCCUAGACGAGUGAGGAAGCUCAAACAGCUGCGGAAGAAUUCUUCUCCUCGACGAAUGUUGCGGUGGUCAUGUGGAAAUCUCCAGGUUACGUUCUAAGAUCUUCUGCACUAAGUUUUCCCAUGCACACCACACUUUCGCAAUUCUCCAGGAUCAAAUUCUCAACUUCCGACCCCACUUCCUUCCAUGCCGACAUAUUCAGGAGACGAGCUCUCUCUUUCGUUCCAUUGGAAACUAGAGGUGAUUGUUUUCGCGAGAGGAGUUUCAAGUUGAGAGCAUGCAGGGAGACUUUGUCUUUCUUUGGAGGCAGUGGGUUUAGAAAUGGGGUCUUGUUGAAUCAGAAGGGGUGCAAAGGGAAGGCAAAUAAGAGAAUAGUUUUGGUGAAGAGUAAUCAGGGUUUUGGCUUCAACGAUGGAGACGACACUGAGAACGGUGCUUCUGCUAAUAUUUUGGGGAAUCUUGCCCUAGCCAUUGGAUUAGCUUAUCUAACAACGACUGGACAGCUUGGCUGGAUUUUGGAUGCAAUUGUCUCCAUUUGGAUCUUUGCUGUGUUAGUACCAAUAGUAGGCCUCGGUGCUUUCCUUUGGUGGGCUGGACGAGAUAUCAUGCAAGGCAGUUGCCCCAAUUGCGGAAACGCAUUUCAGGUUUUCAAGUCUCUAAAUGAUGAUUUGCAGCUGUGCCCCUUUUGUGGUCUGCCUUUUUCUGUUGUGGGCGAUGAGUUUGUAAAGGAAUCUGUGAAGUUUUCCAACCAACCUACAACAUUUGGACAGGCAUUUAAUAACAACUCUAGUUCUAGAAAUGAAAAAGAUUCUAUUAGAGCAAUCGAUGUUGAAGCCGAAAUAAAAGAUGUAGAUUGAAUCCUCUGAGCGGCAAAUUGGAUGAAUAACCUCGAAGACGCUUGCUGGUCUGCAAUUCAGAAAGUUUCUGCGUCUUGCAAUUUCACGUGGAACACAUUCUCCAGAAAGUAUGAUGACCAGAGUAGCAUUGCAAUUGUAAUAUUAUGUUUUGACAGUGAUGUUUCUCACGUCACACCUUGUACUAAUAUGGCUAGAGUGAUUCUUUGUAGUUGAAUUCUUCUCAAUCUAUGCAUCAAAUAGAAGUUGUGGUUCUAAAGUUGUAUAAAAUUUGUAUGUUGCGAUUCUAAA